AUGGACGACUACAUUUUGACCAUCGACUCGGAUGUUGAAGACAGUGGACCAACCACAAAAAGCAAAGACGAUGCCGACCUCGACCCUGACUUCGUGUUUGAUCUCUCGGGGGACCCGUAUGUGGAUAUUGGAGAUGCCGCUGGGUUAGUUGACCUAGUGAAGGAGGGACGGAAACCAGAGCCUAUAUCGGUUGAGGACAUCAUUGCUCGACGAAAGCAGGGUGUAAAGAGGAAAAGAGACGAAGAUGAGUCGGAGUCGGAUUCGGAAGCCAGCGAACUGCAAGAGGAAGAUGAGGAUGAAGAGAGCGAUCCACUAGCAACCUCUGAUGAAGAGAGUAACGCUGAUUUACCCUCAGACGAGGAUGGCCCAAGUGACCGAGGAGAGGAUGAUGAAGACGAGUCAGAAGAAGAAACUCAGGCUGAAAAAGAGAGGAAGGCUGCUUUCUUUGCGAGCGACGAAGGUGCAACAACGCAAGAACACUCGUCAUUUCUUUCCAUGAACCUUUCGCGGCCACUGCUCAAAGCACUCACCAACCUUGGUUUUGCUAAACCAACACCGAUUCAAGCUGCCACUAUUCCUGUCGCGCUAUUAGGGAAAGAUGUUGUUGGAGGUGCAGUGACAGGCUCUGGCAAGACUGCGGCUUUUAUUAUUCCCAUGAUUGAGCGACUCCUAUAUCGUCAAAAAGGCGCAAGAGCUGCUGCUACGCGCUGUCUUGUUCUUGUACCAACGCGAGAGUUGGCCCAACAGUGUGUCGAAGUCGGCAGAAAACUCGCUGCCCAUACAGACAUCCAAUUCUGCCUCGUUGUCGGUGGGCUAUCUGUCAAGUCUCAGGAAGUUGCAUUGCGGAAUCGACCAGACGUAGUGAUUGCGACUCCUGGGCGGCUUAUUGACCAUAUCCACAACUCUCCCUCUUUCACUCUGGAUACGCUCGAUGUACUCGUCCUCGAUGAAGCUGACAGGAUGCUGUCUGACGGAUUUGCGGACGAAUUGGCGGAAAUCAUCAAGUCCUGCCCGAAAUCUCGGCAGACGAUGCUGUUUUCUGCGACGAUGACUGACUCGGUCGACGAGCUUGUCAAAAUGUCCCUAAACAAACCUGUUAGGCUUUUCGUGGAUCCCAAACGAAGCAUCGCUCGGGGACUUGUUCAGGAAUUCGUUCGUGUACGUGCUGGCAAAGAGGCAGAACGAUCCGCACUUCUUGUUACCUUGUGUAAGAGAACGUUCAAAGGCAACGUCAUAAUAUUCCUACGCAGCAAGAAGCUAGCUCAUCAAAUGCGCAUUGUCUUUGGACUGCUGGACAUGAAAUGUGAGGAGCUACAUGGUGAUCUCACUCAAGAGCAGCGGCUUACCGCCCUCCAGCGAUUCCGCGAUGGUCAUGUUGACUAUCUUAUGGCGACGGAUCUGGCUUCACGAGGGCUCGAUAUCAAGGGUGUAGAAACGGUCAUCAACUAUGAUAUGCCUGGCCAACUCGCUCAGUAUCUUCAUCGAGUAGGACGAACUGCGCGGGCCGGAAAGAAGGGGCGAUCUGUCACUCUUGUUGGUGAAGCUGAUCGUAAAAUGCUCAAAGCUGCCAUCAAGCACGGGUCAGAGACGGAUCAAGUUCGACACAGAAUUUUACCAGCAGACGCAGUCGCAAGAUGGACUGAGAGGCUAGACGAACUCAAAGACGAGAUAGCGGAGAUAUUGGGAGAGGAGAAGGAAGAAAAACAGCUGCGCCAAGCUGAAAUGGAGCUGAAAAAAGGACAAAACAUUAUUGAGCACGAAGCCGAAAUAUAUUCGCGUCCAGCGCGUACCUGGUUCCAAACAGGGAAAGAGAAGGCGAAGGCUGAGGCUCUGAGUAAGCAGCAACAUGAAGCGGGCACAACAAAUAGCAGCAAACAGCACUCUCAAAUACCUUCGGCCAGCGAAAAGCCCAAACGCGAUAAAUUUUCGGGUCUUACUCGUCGGGCCAAACGGCGAAAGCUGGCAAUGGAGGAUGACAAGGAGUUUGGUGAUGCAAAGGAGACGGCAGCUGCAAUUCGUUCUGCAAAGAAAAGCGGUCGGCCCACUAAAAUUGGCUUGCCAGAAGCCCGCCCAUCAAGUAAGAAACCAAAAAAUAAGAAGCGGCCUGUGCGAACUGGCGCUGGGUUCGAACGGGAUACGGACAAAAGGAGGAGUGCUGGAGAAGGUAUCCGAGCCAAAAAGGGAGACGCCAUCGGCAAAAAGCUAAAAAGAGGCAAAACGACAUGA